CAGAACUGCUUAGUGUCUCAUCAAUUUGUGUACAACUUUGCAAAUUUGAUAAGAAAACCGCUUUCGGAUCCCACCAUGAACUUGCAAAAAAGCAGAGGGCUUAACUAGUUUAAGUUCUCAGACAGUCUGCAAGGGUUGUCCAUCAUCAGAUGUCAUUUUGGAAACUAAUUGGCCCUCCCACGAACGGUCACUGCAAGUCUAAAGCCGCUUCCCUCGCUUGAACUUGUAAGGGUGAUGUCACCGGCUUACCCACGUCUGGAACGAACUGAGGAUGAAUCUCUAAACUGGACAGUUGCUUGAUGAUGGCAAGGACUUCAAAGUUGUAAGAUAUAAUUGCAAUUGUUCUUUGCAUAUUCUUUCCUUGACUGUGGAGGAGAAGCAGGGAUUGUUCAGAAUCUUAUGACUUUUUGGCACAAGAGAAGUAGAGGAUUACCUCAUAUCUGCCUCUUUUGUUUUUGUUCUAAUUCUGGAUUAAGAGGACUUCUUUUUGAUUGCUGGCUAACUCUGCGUAAAGGUACAGAUAUAGAUGUACAUGUAUGAAUGACCUACGUCCUAGAUAACUAGGACACCUCUCUUCAUUCUACAAUUGGACUGUCCCUGAUUUGAGACCCACAAGGAUGUGUUCAUCUCCCUUAUCUCUUCAUGAUCACUGUUAUCUUAAUGUGAGCCAGUAUAAUCAGGAAGGAUGUAUUCCAUACAUGUAGAUGAUACAGUUUGAUCAGAUGUAGAAUUGUACUGGGAUCUCAAUGUCAAGUUUUUGGAAGUCUGUGGCUAGCUGUCUCCAUGUAGAGGAUAUGCCACAUAGUAUCAUCUUUUAGAUGUGUCCUGAUAGUCCUGAUGUUGUUGAUUGACUUCAUAUUCUAGCAGUGUGCAUUGACAAACCUUUAUCAGAGCCAUGAUUCCUUGUGAGCCAAAAGGCGAGGAAGCAGCAGCAGCGUUUCCAAUCAUGGAGGACUAUAACAUGACUUUCACUGCUUAUGCCUGGAUAUUUGAGGAAUUUUACAAGAUCCUCCCCUACAACCACAAGGCACAAUGCAUGGAAGAUAUCAUGUCCUCAACGGGAGCCAUUGACGCGAUGUCAGAGGAAAUCAUUAAGCCAACCCAGCAGUAUGAAAGAGCAAAGUCACCACCCCUGACAGAGGGGUCUGUCACCGGUGUUCCGGACAGGUCAGAGGUCACAGAGGCAGGAAGUGACAUCAUGAUGGAACCCUGCGAGACUUCCUCUGUCACUUCUGAGAAGAGUGGUGUUAGAGAAGAGAAUGGAAAUACUGGUGUCACUGGUGGGAUAGGCUCUGAUAAACAUGGUAGGAAAAACCCUCUAUCACCCUCACAGCAGCGGAAGAACGUCGUUGGGAAAGCCGCUUCUGGAAAACCACUACCAUUAGGACCACCACCAAAGCUGCCCCCAAAACCUCCAGGUUUGCUGAAGGUCAAAGAAACCGGCAAAGCUCCUCCCUUGAAGCAGAAGCCAGCAGUGCUUCCAAAAGGAAAAGGGCUCAAGGAUAAAACCAAGAGCACUUCACAGGAGUCUGUGGUUCAGCAUAAAGUAGUGAUUACUACUGUAAGUAACACAAACUGUGAGGUAAGUGUUAAGGACACUGAUGUUUCUGGUCAUUCAACAGACGGUGGUAGACCUGGUGGUAGGACCUCUCCAAAAGCCAACAUGGUAAGGACACCACCUCCUCCUACACCUCGUAACCCAGUGGUUAUGACGCGCUCACUGGCAGGGCCGCUGCAGCACACAAAACAACUCCAUGAUGGUAUUCAACGCACCUGCAGCUCACCGCUCGCAGCUCCCAAUAAGGCUGUUAAUGUGACAUCCUCUCUUGACUCUGAAACCCAACACAGUACUGAUCACCCCCACAAACCCCCCAAGGUCAUGUCCAGGGUGCACAACAUUCAAGAUCACCUGACACACCCUUCUGCAGAUGUCCCUGCCAUAACCAAGAAACUAUCUGUUAUGGACCAUCAUAUCAAAGUGCGGGAACGAGCAGCUGUAUUUGAAAAAAUUGUCCAGGGAAUAUCGGAGGAGACAAGUAUCUUGUCUCUGGAUAUAGAUGCCGCAGGGGGAAGAAAACGCUCUGCAAGAAAACCGGAUGCGCCACUUUCUCCAACUUCAAGCAUCACCAGCAGGUCUGGAAAUCAUUUGAUGGAAAGGGAAGAAAUGGACAUAGCUAAAAAAAGCAUAUUAACAAAAUCAGAAUCAUUGCCAGUGACAGGUCCCGCUCUACCCAUCCCCCUUCCAAGAAGUAAUAGGACUCUAAUCAAAGACUCUAAUGAAACAAGUAUUCAAAGUGAAGUUGACCGUCCAACCCCUCAACCGAGAAUAAGCCUUGGCCAAAUUGCCAAUACUGAACCCGCCUCGGCAGCAGAAACAUUGAACAUUGAGUCAGCGAAUUCCGAUGAUAUUUAUGAUGAAGUUCGUGAAUUUGCCCAUAGCGAUGAUGUCAUUGCAUCGUUAGCCAACGGGGACAGUGAACAUAACAUGUAUACGUAUACAAUAAAAUCAUCGGUCGAACAUGAAGUAAGAGAGAAUAUUUAUGAGGAUACUCUUCUUCCUGACACCUACAUGGAUAGCAUCCCUCGUCUCCCCCCUGAUCCCCCUUCCCCUGGCCCUACCCCUCUAGCAAACACCUGUCAGCGUCCAUUAUCCCCCCUCCUCCCCGAGAGAGGGCCCCCCAUGAGAAGCGCCGCGGCAGCAGAGGAAAUGGUUGUGACUGAUGAGUCGGCUUCGCGUGAACGCGGAAGCAUCUACGAAGUCUGCCUUCCCGAGGAUGACCAGAGUGACGACAGAACAGAGUCGGUAGCAGACACAACAACUACUGAGAACCAAGUUACACUCCAGGAAAUGCCCGCUCAAACACCAGGGGAUCAAAUUAUGCCCUCUAAAGAUGAAGGGGAAGAAGCCGGUCUCGGAACCCACAAGAUAUCUCGACAAAGGAGGCUUAAGAAAAGUGCCACGUUGAGCUUCAGAAUGAGAAAGUUGUCAAUACGUAAAUAUAUCUCAUCACUGCAGCAGCGGGUUGCAGUCAAGAUGCGUUCAGCCGAGGGCUCGGGGCUGAUGCAGAGGAGGAACGGAGAGUUGAAGAGACAGGGACGGUCCUUGCAAGAUCUUGAUCGAGUGAGGGAAGAAGAGAAAGCACAGAAGGAGGAGGAAGAAGAAGAGGCAGAGAAAAAUGGAGUUUAUGAUGUCAGCCAACCAGUAGCAUCAGGUGGACACUACAUGUCUCUCUGUGAUGAUCAAGGAUCAGACGGUAAUGAGUAUGAAGAAGUCCCAAUCAUGUUGUCAUCCGAUGAAGGCCAGCAGAGAGAAGAGACGAGUGUGGAGUUAGAGAACCACUCUGCGUCAGAACAACCAAGUGAAGACAAGGAGGAAGAUACCAAUGACAUACAGGUGGUAACGGAGGGUGAAUAUGUGGAGCUGGAAGAAGAGAGAAGGGAUUCUGUAGAUGUUUUCCCAGAUGUCAACAUGCGAGACCGUGCGAAGACAAGUCCAGAGACCGUACAGGCCACCGGAAGACAGAACUUGAAGAAGAAGAAGCGACACAGUGAGGGUGCCUUCGAGGACUUUGUUCCAUUGUUCUUCAAGAGGGAUACUCCUGAGGGUGGAAAGACCACAAAGGACAGGGUUCCAAGGAGUAAGUCGAAUGGUUCUGUGUCAGACGAUGCUAGACCCAAGUCUGUUGGGACAUCAAUGAUGGAAGACAUAAGGGUAAUCCGUGCAGAACUGGACCGCAGGAACGCUCGUAGGUUGAAUGACGAGAAGGAGGAGGAGGAGGAAAAGACGGCUCAGUUGGAGUCGCACGAUCAGGCUGAUAAUGCAGAUCCUGAUACCUAUCAAUAUGUGACUGAGGUGAACUUUGAAAACAAUGAAAACAUGUCAUCAGAUUCCGGUUCCGACUAUGAGCAAGUCACUGGGGAUAUGUCGCCGUCGGCCAAGAAUGGCCACACUUCUGGAGCAUCCUACGACCUUGAAGGACAUCGCAGGACCCUGUCACGAGAGGGCUCGCAGGCAAGUGCUGGUAGCGGCACUAGUGAUUACCUGAUGCUCUUUGAAGAUUGGAAGGCAGUAGAAGAGAACGGACUGAUCGUGAGACGCAACAAGGGAUCCAACGAGAAAAAGGAGAGGAGGAGAGUCUUCCCUACAGAUUCAUCAGCGUCUGAUGCCAAUAUGACGCAGAGCACUACCCAAGGAUCAUUGGAUAUGCAAGACUUGUCAGACUCUCAGAUGAGUGAUGAGAAUGGUGUAGAGAGAUCAUUUGAUGCCCCCGCAAGUCCAGAGUCGACCCACUCAAACGGACAUAAGAUGUUGAAACAAGGAGGUAUAUCCCUACCAGGGUUGGAGGUGACCCCACCCAAGAUGACACCACCUGAGGAAGCCCGGCCCCCUCUACCUCAGAGAAAAAAAUCUGCCGAAAAGUUGGCUCUUUCACCUAGUGCAUUCUCAAGAAAACCUUCCAGAUUUGUUGCUAAAGAGCCUUUGUUCCAGAUUUACCAAGCGGACCUUAGAGUCAGAGAUUCCAAAGUGAUCCUGAGACCGCGGACAGCUCGUAGGAGUAAAAAGCCUCCUUUACCAGCCAGGUCGUACCUGACCAACAGGAAUCUACCACCCCCUCUCCCCCCUCAUCAUCCCCAGGCUAAUCCUCUCCCCCCUCAUCAUCCUCAGGCUAACCCUCUCCCCCCUCAUCAUCCUCGGGCUAACAAGCCUAGUUUACCAGUGGCCCCACCACCACCCCUACCAGCAAGGAACAGUUCAAACCUUUCCAACAUCUCAAAUAUAUCAAACAUCACCAACAGAUCGCUUGCAUCAACAAACUCAUCAAACAUUUCUCAAAAUGCCCUCAGCACAGAGAUCCGCGUUUCCCUCCAGAAGGAGUUGUUUACGAAAAUGAACAGCUCACUAGAGACAUCGAAGAUUGAAAAUUUCACGCCGAUCAACAACAACAUCCGCUCAGGUGACAGUCAUAAGAUUAUGGAUAACAGUCGUACUUGCAGCGGGAACAGCGCGUCAGAAAACGGAAACGACGUGGCGGAGGUGUCGCAAUCGGAUGAAAUGGAAGACCCCACGUACAUGUCAGGUAACGACGAGGGGUCAUCAUCGAUGUAUUCAUGCGAAGAGGAAAGUUUGGGUGAGAUGGAUAGGAAUAGAACUCAUGGCAGCAGUAUGGAGACCAGAUCAUCGCAACAGUCAGCUGAGUCAGCAGAGGGCGCUAUUGAUGAGGAUCCUAUUUAUCAAGGAGGAUUAGGAGAUCCUGUUUACCAACCAGGGACAGAGGAUGGAAUCUAUCAAUCUGGUAUGGAUGAUCCUACCUAUGGAGGAGGCCAAGAUGAGGAGGAGGAUGGUUAUGAUGAAUUCGAUGAUGACUUUGAUGAUGAUGACUACUACGCACCGCCAUCUCGCGAUGGACCGGUUAGAGAGGGCAGUGUUGUACUCAGGUCAUACUGGUGUGAACUGCCAGAGGUUGUUAGUAGCGGACUGCUGCAGAAUCUUACUCCAGAGGAGAAAAAGAUGCAAGAGGCCUUGUUUGAAAUCAUUACAUCUGAAGCCUCCUACCUGAGGAGUUUGAAUCUGGUUGUCAAUCAUUUUGUGGAGGCUCCUGGACUAAUAGGACCACAGGGUGUACUCAAGAGACCUGAGCACCACUCUCUCUUCUCUAACAUCAAGACUGUGAGGGAUAUCAGUGAGAGACUCCUCUUGGAUCUGGAGCAGCAUCAGCAGGAGAGCAUCCUUCUCAGCGAUGUUUGUCGCAUCCUUCACAGUCAUCUCAAGGACCAACGCUUUGAGCAGGGCUUUGUUACAUACUGUGCAAACAACCAGUACCAAGUCAAGAUGCUCUAUAAAUUCAAAGAUAAUGUAGCUGUGAUGAAUGUACUAAGAGAACUGGAAGCGAGUCCAGAGUGCUGCAGUCUGGAUCUACUCUCGUUCCUCAUGCUUCCCUUCCAGAGAAUCACAAGAUUACCACUCCUAUUGGAGGCUGUGAUUUCAAGAGCACCAGAAGGGAGUGAUAUGAUGUCCCAUGCUGUGGAUGCCUUCACUGCUGUCAGAUCGAUGGCUGAAAAAUGUAAUGAUGAAGCAAAGCGAAUGGAGAUGAUCGAAGAGGUGACCAUUCUGGCAAGGCUGUUAGACUUUAAACAGGGUAUUAAGAAAAUGGACAUCUCACAGAGUUCAACGAUCGUAAAGCGAGGCAUGCUAGACUCCAUCGUCUCCCAGGCAAACAUUCUUGGAGGAAAGAAGAAGCCGACAACCAAACGAAUUUAUUGCAUUGUAUUCACAGAUAAAGUACUACUCGCCAAAGAAAAGACCAAAGGAGAGCAGAAGCGGUUUGAAGUGAUAGACUGGUGUCCGCGGAACCUGGUCCAAGCUACGUUAGUAGACCAGCCUAACAUGUGUUCUAAGCUCUUAGACGGUGUGCCUCCUGAUUGCCAUUGUAUCUUAACAUUGAACCUACUACAGAACAACCAACGCAAGACAAAUGAGUUCAUACUCAACGCUAAGUCACUGAGUGAGCGCCAGAGAUGGAUGGAUGCCCUCUGCCCACCAACCCAGACAGAAGAUGGAGAGAGGAUCUACGAGUCAUGGGACUGCCCUCAAGUGCUCUGCGUGACUGAUUAUGAAGCCAAGGAUCGCGAUGAGCUUGCACUAGAGCAGUCAGACAGAAUAGACGUCUACAAAAAGAUUGAUGGUUGGUACGAAGGACAGCUGGUUGGAAGUCGAGAGAGAGGUUGGUUCCCUGCAUCCUGCGUGCAGGAGGUCGUCAAUGAUCAUGUGAGGGCGCGCAUCCUCAAGAAUCGUCAUAAGAUCCUCUCCAUGUGUGAGGAGCAGAUCCGUCUAGCCAUGGUGGGCCCUAAAGUUAAACAGACGCAAGAAGAUGUGCUUCGCUCUAUACUGCAGGGAGGACGCAAAUUAUAGUUAGCUUUUGAGCCCAGUGCCAACAAAAACACUUUCAUGAAGAUAUUUUUGUUAUUGUUUUGAUGUUGCAAGAAAUAUGGCUAUGGGCCUUGAGCUAAGAUUUAAAACUCUAUACUGCAGGGGGGACGCAAAUUAUAGUUAUCUUUUGAGCCCAGUGCCAACAAAGCACUUUCAUAAAGAUAAUUUUGUAUUGUUUUGAUAUUGCAAGAAAUAUGGCUAUGGGCUUUGAGCUAAGAUUUGAAACUGAGUCACGUCUUGCGGAUGGUGACGUUAAAGGUCGGUCCACAGACGUUAAUAAUCAUAUCUGAUUGAUACACGUCUGUAAAAGCUAAUUACACACACACACAAGUACAAGUGAAUCAUGACUCAGUCAUGAGUAUGUGUGACUACCAACCAAGGGACGUAUGGUAUUACGUCCUAUCCUAGGGACUAGGAUGAUCAGUGAUUUCAUAGGCACUAUGGUUUAUUGACAUCCGUACUGGCACUAUACUCUGCUGGUAAUCCAUUUUUCUUGAAGGGCUGGUUCCCUCCAUUACAAAUCAGAAGUGUCAAUCAUUGAAAAGCAUCUUCUUUGUCACGUCUGAGCCUCUCAUUUUCCUGUCUUUCAUUUUUCUUCUCUUCUUUAUGCCUUCAUUUUUCUCAGCAGUUUUUUGACUUAUUGAAAGAAGAAGGGAUAUACAUGUAUUACAUAUUGAAAUGAUAACAUUAUUAGUUAGGAGAUAACAUGGUGGAGAGCUGAAUAAUUAUGAACAAGUAUACACAAAUUAUAUCAUUUUCCUUUCAAAGUACACUCCAUGUUUACCUCUUGUGAAAUACUAAGAAUUACUUCAGAGAGCAAUAUAAGGAGAGUUAUCAUGUGUCUUUAUAGUGAAAUAUAGAAGUAUUUCACACAUUUUUAUCAGUCAUAACCAUGGGGUGUAAAUGUUGUUUUAUCUAUUACAGUCCUGUAGCUUUGGACUGUCUUUCUCUUUCAAUUUUUGUCUUCCAACACAAAAUAUCUCCAGGAAAAUAAAAUGAACAUAUAUAUUAUGACAAUUAUGACAAGGAAUAGAACAUUUAUCAAUGGAAGUAUGAAGUCUUUCUAUGUGUGCAUGUUGUUAUUCUAAUGCUGCAACACAACAAAUUACAGUGAUUAUUUUUACACUUGAAUUAAACAGUUGGGAAGUAUGACGUUGCAUGUAUAUCACUGAUUUGAGCAGGGUUUUUUUUUAAACCUGUACAUUCCAUACAUUCAGACAAACCUGCGUGUAUUGGUAUAUGUAGGAUACAUUUCCUUUGUUUGUAUGUUGUGCAGAUUGCGCAUACAUUGUUUUUUUGGAAGCCAGAAGGGCACUAACACUUCAAAAUUUUAUGAGACAACACCUCUCUGGCGCCAAACAGCCAUCUUCAGCCACUGCGGCUUGUGGAGCAGUUUUUUGCUAUGAUCGGAUUUCAAAAAGAAAGUGAAAUAUUCUUCUAGUUGUGUGUGUUGCAAUUUUAGGAUUGGUCAGUGAGAUCAUUUUCCUUUUUAUCAAACUAAUGAUAUGAUGGGAUCUCCAUUUUCAGCAUUUUAGCUUUCAAGACUGUCUUUCAAGUCAUUAUUUUUUAAGAGUCAAUCAGUAAUUGGAAGUAAUUUAUAUUGUGAUCCUCUGGCAAUUAUAAUGCAAUAUGAAGUUUCUAAGCUUUUGAAUAUAUUGUGAUAUAAACAUUCUCAUGUUACUCAGACACUGGCUGCUUACUUGUAGUAGUCUACUGGCAAUACAGUCUUCCAAAAUAUUAUUAGUGCUGCAAAUAUUUCCAUAUCGUUUUCUCACGUUCUUUGUAGAGCAGAUUUAUUUUUACACUGUACUCAAUACCUACAGUUUAUGCAUUUAUAUCUUUGUUUAAAAACUUGAAUGAAUACACGUGUAUACAAAAAAGGUAUUUUUUAAAAGCCAAAUGCUUGUGAAAAGUUGCAGUGAAGUAUGUACAUCCUUAAAAGCAUUUUAACUCAGAUAUUUUUUACAUUCAUUAGUUUUUUUAGAAAGGUAAAGUUGAUUUAUUGGUUAACAUGCCCAUGUAACAUUUCCAAGCAACUUUUUAUGCUUUAACCUUUAUUAACUGGAAAACAUAAAUCAUGAGGAUUUAUAUAAUAGUGUUGUAAAUUAAUUGUGAAACUUGAGUUAUGUGGGAUUUUAGAAACAUUGUGAAUAGUAGAAAGUUUAUAUUUUUAUCUUAGAUGGAGAAUAUACUCCCGAUGGAAUGUGUAUUAACCCACAGAAUGUCAUUGUAUCCAUGCUUUGCCCCUUUCAAUGUGAUAAUACCUGUAGCUGUAAAUAACUUGAUAUUUUCAAACCCAUUAUAUGUAUAUAAUUGAUAUAAACAUGAAUUAGGUUGUAUAUACACAUUCAAUGGCAUCACAACCUGUACAUAUUCUUUGUCUUUUGUGUCCUAUUAACAGUCUGUUGAGAGCCAGAAGGUGUUUGAGUUUAACGUCCUUCUGGCUCCAAACAGACAAAAUGUUUUUUCGGGUGAGAUGGUGCAAUUCAUCGGCUGUACAAUUCUGUUUUCUGUCUAUAAAGUGAUAUGACUACAUUUUAGAAAGUAAUAUAUGGCAGUUAUGUCAGGAAUUAUGGGAUUCAUUAUUGUUAAAAAUGAAAUAUCUAUCUUUACUAUACUGCUCUUAUUCAAUAAUAAAUCAUAUCUUUUCAUAAUGUA